CCCGAGGGAAUCUCGCGAGAGGCUUUCCCUCCAACCUCCACGCUCCCCUCCUCCUCCGACAGGACGGGAUCUUUCGAGAUCUCUCCCCCUCCCCCGAGUGGAGGCUGCCGGAGCCGCUGCUCAUUUAAACGGGCUGAGUGGGCUGCGUGCGCACUAGUGAGGCGCAGGCGCCGGACGGGACCGAGCCAGACGCUUCAGCCAGCCUUCCCGUGCUCCUCAGCCGUUCGGUCUUUGCCCGGCGCCCUCGGCUCGUCUCCCGGAUCCCUCCUCAGCCCAUCUCCGGCCGCAGCAUGUCGGUGGUGGGCAUCGAUCUGGGCUUCCAGAGCUGCUAUGUAGCCGUGGCCCGGGCGGGAGGCAUCGAGACCGUCGCCAACGAGUACAGCGACCGCAGCACCCCGUCAUGUGUAGCCUUUGGACCCAAGAAUCGUUCAAUUGGAGCUGCAGCUAAAAGCCAAGUUAUUUCAAAUGCAAAGAAUACUGUACAAGGUUUUAAAAGAUUUCAUGGCCGUGCAUUCUCAGAUCCCUUUGUUCAAGCUGAAAAAGAUAACCUGGCAUAUGAACUUGUCCAGCUGCCAACAGGGUCAGCUGGCAUCAAGGUUAUGUAUAUGGAAGAAGAACGAAACUUCACCAUUGAGCAGGUGACAGGAAUGCUCCUCACCAAACUAAAAGAAACUGCUGAGAAUGCCCUUAAGAAGCCUGUAGUUGACUGUGUUGUUUCUGUUCCUUGUUUCUAUACAGAUGCAGAGAGGAGAUCUGUGAUGGAUGCGACGCAGAUUGCUGGCCUCAACUGCUUGCGACUAAUAAACGAAACUACUUCAGUUGCUCUUGCAUAUGGAAUCUAUAAACAAGACCUGCCUGCCCUAGAAGAGAAGCCAAGAAACGUUGUUUUUGUUGAUAUGGGACAUUCUUCAUAUCAAGUUUCAGUAUGCGCAUUCAACAAAGGAAAACUGAAAGUUCUUGCUACAGCAUUUGACACCACACUUGGUGGCAGGAAGUUCGAUGAAAUGUUAGUUAACUAUUUUUGUGAAGAAUUUGGGAAAAAAUAUAAAUUGGACAUCAAAUCAAAGAUUCGUCCAUUGCUGAGACUAUUUCAGGAGUGUGAGAAACUGAAGAAGCUGAUGAGUGCUAAUGCCUCUGAUCUCCCAAUGAACAUAGAAUGCUUCAUGAAUGAUAUUGAUGUUUCUGGAACUAUGAACAGGGGCAAAUUUUUAGAGAUGUGUGAUGGUCUCUUAGCUAGAGUAGAACCACCUCUUCGCAGUGUUCUGGAACAAGCUAAGUUAAAGAAGGAGGAUAUUUAUGCAGUAGAAAUAGUUGGUGGUACUACAAGAAUCCCUGCUGUAAAGGAGAGAAUCAGUAAAUUUUUCGGUAAAGAAGUCAGUACAACUUUGAACGCAGAUGAGGCCGUUGCACGAGGCUGUGCAUUGCAGUGUGCUAUUUUGUCCCCGGCUUUCAAAGUGAGAGAAUUUUCUAUCACAGAUUUGGUACCGUACCCUAUUUCUUUAAGAUGGAAUUCACCAGCAGAGGAAGGGUUAAGUAACUGUGAAGUUUUCCCCAAGAAUCAUGCAGCUCCAUUCUCCAAGGUCCUCUCAUUCUUCAGAAGGGAGCCUUUCACUCUUGAGGCCUACUAUACUUCUCCCAAGGAGUUGCCUUACCCAGAUCCUGCUAUAGCUCAAUUUUUGAUUCAAAAGGUCAUGCCACAAACAGAUGGAUCCAGUUCAAAAGUGAAGGUCAAAGUCAGAGUAAACAUCCAUGGUAUUUUCAGUGUUUCCAGUGCAUCUUUAGUAGAGGUUCACAAAUCUGAUGAGAAUGAAGAGCCCAUGGAAACAGACCAGCAUGCGAAAGAGGAAGAGAAGAUGCAAGUAGACCAGGAGGAGCAACAAAAGAAUGAAGAGCAGCCGCAAGCGCAAGCUGACAGUAAGGCAGAGUCUGAAGAAAUGGAGACAUCUCAGGCUGGAUCAAAAGACAAGAAAAUGGAUCAACCUCCUCAAGCCAAGAAGGCUAAAGUAAAGACUAGUACAGUGGACCUUCCCAUUGAGAAUCAGUUGCUGUGGCAGAUAGGGAAGGAUAUGCUGAACUUAUUCAUUGAGAAUGAGGGUAAAAUGAUCAUGCAGGAUAAACUGGAGAAAGAGCGGAAUGAUGCCAAGAAUGCAGUGGAGGAAUAUGUGUAUGAUAUGAGAGACAAGCUCUGUGGCUUGUAUGAGAAAUUCGUUAGUGAAGAUGAUAGAAAUAGUUUCACUUUGAAACUGGAAGACACUGAAAAUUGGCUGUAUGAAGAUGGUGAAGACCAACCCAAACAAGUUUACAUUGAUAAACUAACUGAACUCAAGUCUCUGGGUCAGCCUAUUCAGGCACGGUUUCAAGAAUCAGAGGAAAGACCAAAAGCAUUUGAGGAUCUGGGGAAGCAAAUACAACAGUAUAUGAAAGUUAUUCAUGCAUUCAAAGCAAAGGAUGAACAGUAUGACCAUUUAGAUGCAGCAGAUAUGGUAAAAGUGGAGAAGAGUGUAAGUGAAGCUAUGGAAUGGAUGAACAAUAAGCUUAAUCUUCAGAACAAGAGAAGUCUUACUUUGGACCCCGUUAUAAAGACUAAGGACAUCCAAGCUAAAACUAAAGAAUUGACAGGUAUCUGCAAUCCUAUAGUCACAAAACCAAAACCCAAGGCAGAAAUCCCUAAAGAGGAGCAAAAUCCAGCUGAACAGAAUGGACCAGUAGAAGGCCAGGGAGAUGCCAACAUAGGGUCCCAGCCUGCUGAACAGGGCACUAAUACAACUGCUCCAACAGCUACAGAAAAGAAACUCCCAGAAAUGGACAUUGACUGAAUGUCAGCACUUGUUUAUAUUACAAACUACAAUAAAGCUUUAAAUUGUCAA